AUGACAAAAAGUACAUCUGGAGACCCUGUAAUUGAUAAAGUAUGCGAAAAAUGUGGUCAUGACAAGAUGAGCUUCGCUUGUAGACAGACAAGGUCAGCCGAUGAAGGUCAGACAGUUUUCUAUACAUGCUUGAACUGUAAAAACAACCUUAUUGAAAAUGCUUAA